GACGUUGAAGACGGCGCAGUGUACUGAGACGGGCGUUCAUUUGACGAGUACGACGAAGAUACCGAUCCGUGCCGGUUGCGACCUCGAUUCACAGUCUCAACAUCUACUGACAACAGCGACGACAGCGACGCCAUGCGGUCUUGCUCCUUGAAAGAGUCCACGUGACCCACAGAGUGGAAAUGUGCCUGAAGAAUAACCUUCAACUCGUCCUGAAUGCACAAGAUACGCGCUUCCAGAUCCACAUCGUUCGCGUCCGGUCCAAACGGACACUCAAUCGACGAAGCCACGUUGUCCAAUGCAAACAGCAGCACCGCAGCAAUGCCCACGUAUAGUGGUGUCAUAAACCCCAUCACGGGAGCCAACGCCGCUCCCAUCAGCAGCAAAUACCCGACGAAACACACGUGUAAGCACUGCGCCAAGUUGAAUGCAAUGGGCACAUUGCAUAGGUUAAAGAUCUUCGUGUACAUCUGCGGGAGUGUCGACACGAUUUUGUUGAGUUCCAUGGCCUGUUCCACAGUCACAUAGCUUUUCCUUCUCGCCCGGUUGAUCGUGCGUCGCAGCCAGAGCUCCACCACGGCUGCGCGCAACUUGUUGGACGACCCGACCACAUUGCGCUCUCUAUUCCACGUGUGUUCACCCAGUGUCAGCACUUCCGUACUCGAGAACUCGUCCGCCUCCUUCUGUGUCAGCAGCGCGCGCAACUCAAGUGGGGCGUCACUCUCAUUGCAGUCGUGGAACACUAGCGUCACGUACAGCAAAAUGUACCGCUUCACGUCCCGGAUAAAUUGGCAUUUGUUGCGGAUCUGUGCGCGGUCGGCCACGCCCUUGCGCGAGAAAUGUACGAAGGCACAUGCGGUGGCUGUGAGGGUACGCGCAGCGUCUGCAAUGGCACUUACAUCUUCCACGCCUCGCUGCCAUUGGCGCAAAGCAGCAAAGAUUCGUAGCCCUAGUAGAACCGCUAGGAAGACCGAUGCGGAAAGCAGUAGCUGAUCCAACGUCUCGGCAGGCAGCAGAGUCGGUUUCUCACGCUGCAAGGGAACCAAUGCAGCCGACAAUGCUGCCACGAUGACCGCACGACUUAGUGUAGAGCUGGAGGCGAUGGACGACCCGUGCGAGUGCAGCAGCAGACGCCAGAGGAUGCGGUUGCUAUAGUAGAUCAUGCUCGGGACUUGGUGCUUCGGAGACUGGUGGGCGAGUUAGAGGGCGGACCGAAAUGAUUGUGCGCUUUUGAAUCAGAACCUGUAGUAGAGAGUAAUCAUGCCAUAAGAUAGGUGCCCGCAUUCUUCAAGAAGCAUGCGAAGAUGUCAGCAGUGCCGUAGGUCGCUCGAGAGCGAGCUGCUCAGCGCGCCAGGUAGGGCGUCUUCGGUCGUUUAUCCUAACUCGAUGCGUGCUCCUUACACUGGUCUUCAUUUUGCUGUGUAAUUCGCGGCCUACUGCACAGUAUUGGGUGAAUCCUAUGUGCUUCUCCCCACGGCCAGCGCCUCCCAGAGUAUGUUGCUGCUGCAGAAGCUACCUGCGACGGCCACGACGCCACCAGAGAUGGGCGAGUCUGGAGCCUUUGGUGAAGACUUAUACGCCAGUGCACGCUACAAUUUGUCGCUACAGCAACAGCAUCAGCAAGAGCAAAGGCGACAACAGGCGCAGAGGAGGCAGAAGCUGCAGCAACGACAAAGACGUCAACAGCAAAGGAUGAAGGACAGCUUCACUGCUACUGGGAGAUACUUUGAGGCCCAUGUGGGUCAUGCUAGUCACGAGGAGGAGAACCCUGAAAUGGAGGACAGUAUGGUGGCGGUGCCUACCUAUGCAGACUUGAGUCACCACGUGCAACUGCUCACAACACAACAAGCACAUUGGUAUGAAGCUGUAAGGUAUGCUUGGUGUUUACGUCGUGCUGAUAAUACGGUUGUCUGAUGCGUACAGUGCUGGGCUGCCUGUGACAACCCCAGUGUGUAAGGAGUGCAUGGACGGCAUGGUCACGAUGAUCGACGGGCAAGCUGAGCGUGCGCGUUACGAGAAACGCUGCUUUACGGGUUUCCUACACAAUACAACCAGCUCUACCGCCCACAGCGAAGAUAUCGAGCACAUUGACGACAAAAUUCGCUUUUACGAGAACGAGCUGAAUGCAUUGGAGGAGAGUUUGAAGUUGAUGGAGAGCGAGCGCGAAGCCAUUGCUCAGCAGCAAGAAGCGAUGAACGAAGAGGAGAAGGCUCUCAUUUAUGAAGAAGCAGGGCUGUGGGAUCAAUUCAACGGGUUGCAGCUGCAAGAAUCCGUGUUUCAAGAAAUCAGAGAUGCAGGCACGGCACAAAUCGAUACGAUGGAGCGUAAGGUGGCGUCGGCCAAAUACUUGAAUAUUCUUACAGACAUGUUCAUCAUCGGUUAUGACGGCGCAUUCGGCACCAUCAACCAGUUCCGCAUGGGUCAGUCUGCAUCGUUGGCCUUGGAGUGGAAUGAGAUAAAUGCUGCGUUCGGCGAGUGCGCGUUACUAUUGCAGACGCUAGCGAAUAUGGUUGGUCUGGAGUUCUCCGACUUUAAGAUUGUUCCACUGGGCAGCUUUUCAAAGAUUAUUCGAACUAGCAAUCUCCGCAUGGAGUACUGUCUGUACGUUGUUCUAUUGUGGAGACAACGUGGAACAUCUGUGCUAAUUGUGUUAAAUUGGUCCUUUCUGCCAUGUAGACACGGUUCGGAUCAACAAAACUUCGCUGAAUCUCACUUCAACUUGGGUCUGGGAGCUUGGAUCACGUGUCUGGGUCAGUUGAUGGCAUUCGUGCGAGCGCGAGAUCCGUCCAUCCGACUUCCUUACAAGGUGGCAAAGCACUCUAUCGGGGGAUAUUCCAUUCUCUUUCUGAAAAACAAGCACAAGGAGUGGACUAAGGCGCUCACGUAUGCUCUAACCAACUUGAAGUGGUUGCUCACUUGGGUCUCUGCUCGUGGAUACAGCAUCACCACGUCUAGCUUAGUCACCACGACAACGCCAAGCAAAGCUGCUAUCGCUUUCGCUGCUAAUCCCCCUGUAAUGCGCAACAGCAGCUCGAAGCAAAGUGUUGUGAUCAUGGAGCACUUUUCGUAAAACUUUGUAUUUUAGACCAAAAUGAAUAUGUACAUGUGGCAGAAGGGUGUAUGGGUGUGCGCGUCUAACGUCUGCCUUUUUCUUUUGUCAUUCAGCUACGCUACAACUACCAGAGCG